AUGAAGCAAAGUGUAAGGCAAGCACUUUUUGUUCGCUUCACAUCAAAACAUCAUCAGGGUUUUAUCGGAGCAGCAUCAUCAGGAUUAUCGGAAGGUGUUGUUGGUAAUACUUUUAAUGCAUUUGUGAGGAAUGAAUUAUUUCCCAAAUUUGUAGACAAGUAUCAAUUAAAAUAUGGAAAUCAAGUGGAUGAUAAUGCAUCACCAUUAUUUAUUUUAAAUGUUGAAUCGGGUGAUGAUGUAAAAAUGACACCUCUUUUAUCAAUUGUUCCAAUGUUUGAUUUACAAAAAAUUCAGAAUGGAAUUAUUGAAAAAUCCAAGUUGAACAAACCCUUGAGCAUUGAUUUUAUGAAUGAGAAUUCUAAUAAUUUGGCCAAUCGAGGAAUUUCAAAAUCUAGUGCCUUGUUUAAAGCUUGUAGUGUAAAGAAUAGAAAAGCUGAACAAGUGACAGUGUUGGAUGCAACCACAGGUUUAGGAAAGGAUACCAACAUUUUAUCUCAGUUAGGAUUCAACUUGAUUUCAUGCGAAAGACAUCCACUCAUGUCUCUAAUGUUGAGGAGUUCAAUCAGUAGAGCAAAGGAAGAGGGUUAUUGUAAAAAUAUUCUACACUUAUUUACAGAAACAGAUUCCAGAUUAUUAACAAGUGAAUCAUUCAAAGAAACAGCGUUGCCUGAUGUCAUUUAUAUUGAUCCAAUGUUUACUCAUACUGGUACAGCCCUCCCAAAAUAUGAUUUACAAGUUUUGAGACAAAUAAUGACUCUAAUAGAUUUUGAAGAAAUACAUAAUCCAGACUUUACAGUUAUAGAUUCUGCUAAUUAUGAGAAAUCUAUGGUUGAGUGGGCUUUAAAUCUUCAUCCUGGAAUUAAGAGAGUAGUUCUUAAACGACCAAAGAAAUCACCAACUAUAAUGGAAGACAAAAUUGUUCAUAGCUAUUCUGACGGCCCAAAAGGUGAUAUUAGAUAUGAUCUUUAUAUUUCGUAG